GAAUUUCCCAACAAUUUAAUAACCUUGUAUAAACACAAGUUUUUAUUCAGCUUCAUUAUGAAGCAAUAGUAUUAAUUAAACAUGAGCUUGAUGAUUUUACUCUUCUAUAUAAUUAAAUCAUUUCCUGUCAUGUUGGAGUUAAAAUGUUAAAAGUGUAAAACAUUCUCCUGGAUUUUAUCACUCGACAUAUUUAAUUCGACAACUCCUGUCACAGCUCCCAUCAAUAAACCAGUAGAAUGACUGCUACUGUAUUUCAUACUAUAAUUUUCCUCGUCAUCCUGCUCCUUCAAAAGCCACGGUUCAUCGCGGGGUGUGGUUAUGGAGCCCCACAGGUUCCCAAGGUGUGUCAAACCAUGACUCCGAACCAUGGCGUGCCUGGUCAAACGACCCCCAUUCCUUACUCCCUCACGGUGGACCAAGUUAAGGUCAAACCUGGAGAAGAGGUCGUCCUUACCAUUCGUGGAGCUGGUGGGGAAGCCUUUAAGGGAUUUCUUAUCCAAGGGAGGAUGAAGAGAAGUGGGAAUUUAUUAUCUCCAAUUCCGGCAGGAUCUUUCAAGCCCCUGAAUACUUCGAAAGAUUGUAAACCAUUAAAUUGCAAUGGGAACCAGGCAUCAACUGUGACCCAUUCGCAUCCAAGGGAAAAGAUGGAAUAUUCCGUUAUCUGGGUUGCUCCUGAAACGGUGGGCAGUUAUCAACUCUUGGGAACCGUGGUCAAGUCUGGUGACACUUUCUGGGUGGCGAAACCAUUUCCUGUUGUCGAAGUGGUGUACUGUACCGCCCCACCAAAUGAGGGACAAUAAUUCGAUAAUCAGUUUACGUGUAACGUGAACUUUACUGUAAAAUUUGCAGUAUGCAAUUAAAGUAUUAAAUAGAUAGCGGGUCCUUUAGUAGUAGCGACAUAUUUAGAUGCACGCAUUAAAUACUCUGUAAUUAUCGUGUCUGGAAAUAUUAAAAAUCUCUUUAUCAAAAUUUUAAAUAUAAACAAAAGCAACGCCAAUUAUUUUGCUCGGCUUUUUUUAUUAAUUAACCCUUUCCUAUUAACUAUUUAUUUAUUGUGGCUAUUUAUUUUUUAAUUUAGUUAAAAUUUGCAAGGUUAUUUACAUCUCCGGUGCUAUUUAUAAUCACUGAUCGAUCACAGCAAUCUCUCGGGUCAUGAUCUAUUAUGACUACAAUAUACUGCUAAGCACUGUUUAAUUUUCAUUUGGAUUAUAUCAUUAUGUAUAUUAUAUUCAAACCCAAUAAUAAAC